CCCCUACGACACACUCUGGAAAAACUGCAGACUCUGGAAAUAUAUUUGACUCCGAGUCGGGAGAACUGAAGAAAAUAAUGACUGAAAAAGAAUACUCUUUGCCAUCAGAUAUUAGUAAAGUUAGCAAUAAUGAUGUUUACACUCUAGCAUACUUUGUUCAAAUGGAUCCUGUUGGUUAUCAGACUGAAAUUUAUAACAGACUGCAAGGAUCAGAAAGUCCAGGCCGACGCGUUUAUAGGGAAGGCAUGUCCCUGUUUGAGGAACUGAAAUCUGCUGAGACAAAUUCACGCUUGUGUCCUACUGAUCUGAGGACAGAUGUUAUGGAAAAUGAGGUGGACAGCUUUACAAAUCAUCUCGAAGUAGGCAAGCGAGAUCCGGACAUCCUGAUGCAGGAAUAUCCGGCCUCUACCCAGAGCAAAACCGUGACCUCUGAUGAUACUUCUGGACACAAUUCCCCCACUGCGCUUAAACUCAGGAGAGAAUCUUUCUCCAGGAGGUCCCGGUCUGACGUGGUCACGGAUAAUGACUCAGGAACAGCACAGACACCCACAACACACACGCCGUUCACAUCUGUGGACACAUCUCCUCCUCACUUGUGGAACUCUGUGGAAUAUUCUGGCGAUCUUGGAGGUUUGCGCACGCGGUCGAUAUCUCUGGACACGGGACUGUCGUAUGAGGAGGAGGAUCACAAAUUGCAGGGAGCAUUGUGGGCAGGGACACAGCGAUGUUUCCAUUGCGGGUCUCAAAUCAACUACGACAACAGCUGGGCAAAACCUCAACCUGAGCUGUCCUCCAGUCUGCCUUACUCUCUGGAUGAGCUUGAAGACAUGGUGAAAUGUUUGAGGAAGUUCCGAACAGUUCUGACGGAAAUUGAAACUAGACUAGAAGAGGAACAAGCAUCCGUGCUCGGAUCUCUGUCAGACUCCCACAGGGAGGAAGUGGAAGAUGUUUUUAGGCUACGAGCAGCUGUCAAACAGGAAGCUGGGACGCUUGAAGAGCAGUUGUCCGAUCUGGUGCAUCACUAUGAUGGUAGCAUCAAAAUGAAGCUGAAUCGGCUCAUGGAUGAACAGUCACAGCUGUGCACCCAACUGCGAAUUACACCCUCUAAUACACCCCAUUCAGAACCCACCUCGACCAGGAGUGUGGCUAUUCAAUGCUGCCUGCUGCCCGUGACGUCCAGUCCACAGAGAUGUGUCCAUCAUCACUGCACCUGUCAUGGGAAUCAGGGAGCAGCAUGUCGAGAUCCACACCGGUUCCCUUGUCAAACCCAGUGGGAGGCCAAUUGCAAACCAGACAGACUGGACUUAGUAGCUUUUAUUAAAAGUCUGAAAAAUUCAUUACAACAUUCGAUCAACAGUAACUCACUGGAAUAAGGUUUGCAUUAAUUUCAGUUCAGUUUCUGUUGACAUUUUUCAU